UUUUAAAAUACGUUAGGUGUAAACGCGUUCUCCACUUCAUGAUGAGGUAUGGCGCCACUAACUUAUAAACGUAUCUGUAUAGCAAUCCCGAAGCCCCUGGAGAAUGUAAAAACGAUUUUUAUACGACUAUGUUUGUACAAAUAGAAGAAAUGAAAUCAAAUUUAAGAAAAAUAGAAGAAAAACUUUUCGAAAUAAGUGAUGAUCUUUUUAGUAUGUUUCUUAAAAAUAUGGAACGAUCAAAUCCUAAGCUUUUGGAGACAGCCAUUGAUGCUUCUUCACAGUUUGAGAUUGUGAGGAAAAUAUGUAGUGAACAUCACAAAGUUGUCAGUGAAAAUAAAUAGUGCAGUAAUUAGAGCUUAAAAUGGUUCAGAGAAAAGUUUAAUAUGGAUGACCGGCGUUAUUAGAAUUUACUUUUCUCAUUCUUCGUAUGCAGUCAAUUGUAUUGUUCCCUCCUACUAAAAUUCUGUUUGUUCAUUUUUAAUUUGCCGAGUGAGAGUCUUUUGAAUACAACAUUUGAAAGAUUUUGGUAUCUUUGCUACAUAAAAAAGUUUUAGGAAAUAUCAGGAGAUCUGAAUUUGUCUCUCAUAUCCUCACUAUGAUUCAUUCAAUAAGUAACAUAAGGAAAUACAUUUUUACGGUAAUUUCCCAUAGAGUUUUACAUCUACAAAUAUCUAUCCACAACGUUUAAAAUGUUGUUGUUGUUGGCAAAUUGAAAAUAAAUGUACGCAGGCUAUUUUGUAAACUGGUGAUAAAAUUUAUGUUAGAUUCAUG